AGUCUCCUCCUGCUUCGCAUGUUGGUGCCCUUUCCCAAAUCCAGGCGAGAGAAUGGAGUCGAGCAUCCUGGAGUCGAUCGGCGUUGAAAUCAUCGGCGUAAUGUCGCCGGUGUCUAUCUGCAUGUUCCUUGUCGUCCUUUUAGUCUACGCCCUCUCCCCCUCGAACCCUUCGUCUUCGUCGUCGAUCCGGACCGCCGCAAACCUGGUGUACCUGGAGAGCCCCACCGACUCGACCUCCGAAAAGCUCGAAGGCGCCCUCCUCAACGCCCUCGUCUUCGUUAUUCUCAUCGCCCUCGUCACCUUCCUCCUCGUCCUCCUCUACUACUACAACUUCACUAAUUUCUUGAAGAACUACAUGCGCUUCUCCGCCUUCUUCGUCCUCGCCACCAUGGGAGGUUCCAUCUUCCUCUCCAUUAUCCAGCAUUUCUCCAUACCCAUCGACUCCAUCACUUGCUUUCUGCUGCUCUUCAAUUUCACUCUUGUCGGCGUCUUGUCCAUGUUCGCCGCUGGCAUGCCUAUUCUCUUGCGCCAAGCUUAUAUGGUCUGCUUGGGCAUUAUCGUCGCUGCUUGGUUCACCAAAUUGCCCGAAUGGACCACUUGGGUUCUGCUUGUCGCUCUCGCUCUCUAUGAUUUGGUAGCUGUUCUCGCCCCCGGCGGCCCCCUUAAACUCCUCGUUGAGUUGGCCUCCACCCGCGACGAGGAGCUCCCCGCUUUGGUUUAUGAGGCUCGCCCCACCGUGCCCCGAAACGCGAAUGCAAAUGCAUCCUCCUUGGGCCUUUUGGUUGCCGGGGUUUCCGAUUCUGGCUCCGUUGAGCUCCAGGCUGUUUCGAGGGACAAUGUGAGUCCAGGUGAGAAUGGAAACCGUGCUAGUUCAGACGACAGUGUGGUUGAGGUUGACAGUUUCGCCAAGGAGGGAGGUCAAAGUAACGGAGACGAAGGGCAGAGGUUACUGCCGGUGGAUAGGGCACUGGGUAGGCACUCGUCAAGCAGUGAUACUUCGGAGUAUUCAACUGUCAAUGUUCCGUCUGAUAGAGCUAGGCAGUUCGGCAGUGUAGCAUCUGAAAUUGUUGCGGAUGAGGAGGAGAUGUCUCCUCUCGUUCAAAUGUCUGGAUCAGGUCACGAGAGAGACGAGUUGAGAAGGGAUGCUGCUGAAAUGUUCAGUAGAGGUAUUAAACUCGGUCUUGGUGAUUUCAUUUUCUACAGUGUUCUAGUGGGCAGAGCUGCAAUGUAUGACCUUAUGACUGUGUAUGCCUGUUAUCUUGCCAUUAUUUCGGGACUUGGGUGCACUCUCAUCUUGUUGUCAGUAUGCCAUCGAGCUUUGCCUGCUCUGCCUAUAUCUAUUGCAUUGGGUGUUAUUUUUUACUUCUUGACUCGGUUAUUAAUGGAACCCUUUGUUGUUGGGGCAGCCACAAAUUUACUGAUGUUUUGAUUAUACAUUUCUUUUUGGUAAGAGGUGCAUUCUGCUAAGAGCAAGGCUGAUGAUUUUGUAGGCAUGAGAUCUAUAUACAAAGUAAUAGAAGCUUGUUAGAGUGCUGUAGGUAACACCCCAGUGGUUUUGGCCUCCGAAAUCUGGAAAAGCACAGUUACAAAGUUUCCUUCUCACCACUGCUUCUUACUGCUAGAAGAUGGGCAGACCUAAGUACUUUGAUAUAAUUGCUAGUUGUAUAAGCUGGAGUUAGGAAAUUUUCCCGUGCAGCGGUCUUUUUGCUAGACAAAUUUGGAAGCUUUUUACCUUUACUUGGACAAUGUGAGCCAGCGGCUUUUGGUGUUGAAAUAGAAUUACAGGAGCUACUUGAGUCCUUUUGGUGUUUGUUGUGUCCCAAUAUGGAGCAUGAACUUUUCUUUUGUAAAAUUCAUUGUGAACUAUCACAGUUUAGCUUUAUUGGCCUUAAUACGGCAUGAGUAAGGAGAUAUGUUUUA